GAAAACUUUCUCUCUUCGAUUCUUCUAACCCUUUGGGGCUCCGAGUUUCCAUUUUUUUUUUCCCGGUCAAUUUGGUUGGCUCUCAGAUCAUUGACUGUGACAAUGGCGAAUAUGAAGCGCUGGAUCGUGACCUACACAAAGCACACGAAGCAGAAGCGCAAAGUUUACCAGGACGGUUUCUUAGAGCUCGACAUCUCUACCAACAAGAUCAUACUCUAUGAUGAUUGCGAGAGGCUCUUGGAAUGCAGGAUCGCGAAGAAGGAUGAAGUAGUUAGCUCUGGUGAAACACUGACAUUCAAUGCUUAUCUUGUUGAUGUGGGUGAUCCUGAGGGAGAUCAUAAGCCUCUAUCUGAUUUGAAUUCACAAGGAAGUGAUAAGAAAAUCACUGAGAAACCCGGUUUGCUGAAAAGACAAAAGUUCAGGAAUCAUUCGGUUUCUUUUGGUAUUGAAGAUAGAAAGAAUGAUGUGGAGAAGAAUAAAGCACGACCAACUUUGAGCCCUUCGCAUAAAAUUAUCAGAGAGUUCAAGAAGAGCGAACUGCACAAGUAUAAAGCACCUCAGAGUAGUCCAGAUACAACAAAACCAAGUAUCGCAGAAUGGCAGGUUCUGUACACUACUCAAGUAACUCAAAAGGCCAAAAAGUAUCAUGAUGGCUUCUUGCGGCUUUCAGCAUGUGGAUCCCUUGGGAGGCAGGUCAUGCUGUUUGAUGCUAGCAAGAAACUCUUAAAUAGCAGGUUCCUUAAAAAAGAUGAAGUAAUAAGGUCGGGUGAAUCGAUAGCUUUUGAUGCACAUUUGGUUGAACUUGGAGAACCUGAUGGAGAACUUAAACCUUUUAUGGAUUCGAAUGUUCAAAGAGACAAUUGCAAUGUUGCUAAAGAAACCGGGACAAUGCAUAGACAAGAGAACUAUGUUGACCUCAGUAAACAUGUUGAAAAAGAGUUCGAGAAGAGUAAACUGGACAAGCAUGGGGCACCAGAGAGUAGUCCAGAUAAAGCAAAGCUUACCUUAAGAGAAUGGCAGGUCCUGUACACUACACAAUUAACUCAAAAAGCGAAGAAGUAUCACGAUGGUUUCUUGCGACUUGCAAUCUGCGGCUCCCUGGGGAGGCAGGUGUUGCUAUAUGAUGCAAGCAGGAAACUUUUAGGUAGCAGGUUUCUAAAAAAAUAUGAAGUUAUAAAAUCUGGUGAAUCAAUAGAAUUGGAUGGUCAUUUGAUUGAAAUUGGGGAACUUGAAGGAAACCGUGAACCUCUAAUGGAUUUGAAUAUUCAAGUGAAUGAUGGCAAUAUUAUUCAAAAAUCAGGGUUGAUGCAUGGGCAACAGGUGUGUCGUACAGACAAAAAAUCUGUUGUAAAAGAAUGGCAUGCUCUAUAUACUAGUCAGAUAGUUCGAAGGAGCAAGAAGUAUCACAGUGGAAUCCUGAAAGUUUCAUUUUGUGGUUCUUUCCAGAUGCAGGUUACCUUACUAAAUGAAGAUAAAACCAUCCUGAGCCGUAAAUUCCUCAGUUUAUCGGAAGAUGUGAGAACAGGAACUCUGCUGGAACUACCCAAAUAUUUGGUGGAGGUUGGUGAGCCAUGUGUAAGUCCUGAAGGAGCACCCCAAAACAAUGCUUGUUUAGAAAAAGACGCGGUUUCAAAGUUUAGCGUCUCUAGUGUAGAUGAGAUCAAAUUAAGCCGGAGAGUUCCUCCAAACAAGCCAAUACGUGAUGCCCAUCAAAUCUUGUCCAACCUCCAAAAACCUAUGGCUCAGGAAAGCAAUGUUGCAGACUAUAUGGAUAAUAGCACAAUGGAAAUGGGUUCCUCUAUCAAGGAGCCUCAAGUUGCAGACACUGUUUUACUGGAUUUUCCUGAAGAUAUUCAACCACCAAGAGCAUCUUUGCAACAUCAUGAAUCAAGUGAAAAUGUAGGCAUUUGGGAAUCUAGUGAAAAUAUAGACAUUGGGAACUCUCCUGAUCUUAUAUCUUGUGAAGCUAUAUCUAGUCGUAAUGGCAGUGAAUUGUCCAAGGAUGUCGAUCUUGAUAACUCCCACCAGCCUUGUUUGGACAAAGUUGAGGCUGGGCCUCAAAGGUGUGAUGGAGCUUUCCCUUUUGGUAAAUCAAUCUCGACUCCUUGUGCUUCUUAUGACCCUGUCGAUGACGUAAAGAAGACUUCAAAGGAGCAUACAUGUACAAGGGAGAUAGAAGAGCCUCCCAGUUUUGAUCUAGGAUUUUGAACAGCAGGUGAUAUA